AUGGACCCCCCCGCCGCCGCCCUGCCCUUCUCCAACAGCCACAACGCGCGGAAGCUGCGCUUCCCCGCGGAGGACGAGUACCCCGACCUCAGCGGCCACAACAACCACAUGGCCAAGGUGCUGACCCCCGAGCUGUACGCCGAACUGCGCGCCAAGAGCACGCCGAGCGGCUUCACGUUGGACGACGUCAUCCAGACCGGAGUGGACAACCCGGGUACGCGCAGCCUGGACGGCGACCUGGCCGGCAAGUACUACUCGCUCAAGAGCAUGACGGACGCGGAGCAGCAGCAGCUCAUCGAUGACCACUUCCUCUUCGACAAGCCCGUGUCUCCGCUGCUGCUGGCCUCGGGCAUGGCCCGGGACUGGCCCGACGCCCGUGGCAUCUGGUGCACCUUCCUGGUGUGGAUCAAUGAGGAGGACCACCUGCGGGUCAUCUCCAUGCAGAAGGGGGGCAACAUGAAGGAGGUGUUCACCCGGUUCUGCAAUGGCCUCACCCAGAUUGAAGGGCUCUUCAAGUCUAAGAACUACGAGUUCAUGUGGAACCCACACCUGGGCUACAUCCUCACCUGCCCGUCCAACCUGGGCACGGGGCUGCGGGCGGGCGUGCACAUCAAGCUGCCCCACCUGAGCAAGCACGACAAGUUCGCCGAGGUGCUCAAGCGGCUGCGGCUUCAGAAGCGAGGCACAGGUGGUGUGGACACGGCGGCGGUGGGCGGGGUCUUUGACAUCUCCAACGCCGACCGCCUGGGCUUCUCCGAGGUGGAGCUGGUGCAGAUGGUGGUGGACGGCGUGAAGCUGCUCAUUGAGAUGGAGAAGCGGCUGGAGCAGGGCCAGGCCAUCGAUGACCUCAUUCCCGCCCAGAAGUGAAGCCGUCCAGCACCUGCCACCGCCACCAGCCCCGCCGCUUCCUGAUGUAUCGCCUGGGCAGAGCCCACCACACACCCUGAGCUCGAGCCCGUGGCCGAGCCCUUAGCCUCGCUGUAGAGACUCCCGUUGUCCUAGGUAGAGUUUAUUUUUGGUUAAGUGAUGGCUACGAUGUUGCUGAUGCUGAAAUAAACAGGGUUUGGCCUGCCCCGA